CGGAAGUUUGGUGGCUACUUUCACUUUCGUUUUGUUGCUUAUCACAGUUGUACUUUUUCUUGUUUUUUACUGAGACUGAGUACUGAGAAGUUGAAAAGAAAUGUCUGAUGAAGAAAAGAAGAAAACAGUACUUGUAACAGGUUUUGGACCAUUUGGAGAGCACACUGUAAAUGCCAGCUGGGUUGCAGUCCAGGAAUUAGCAAAAAAAUCUAUACCUGGUGUUAAUAUAGUAAUACAUGAAAUUCCUGUUGCAUAUGAAACAGUCAAGAAACAAGUCCCACAACUCUGGGAGGAAGUCAAUCCACAGCUUGUAAUUCAUGUUGGUGUUUCUAAAGAAGCCAAUGCUAUAACACUAGAACAACAGGCUCACAAUGAUGGCUAUAAACGACUAGAUGUCCUUAACACUUGUCCAUCAAAUAAUUGUUGUGUGGAAGGAGCUGAUACAUGUUUAGUGUCCAGUAUAAAUAUGGAAAAGGUUUGCAGUGACGUGAACAGUUCAGGGUUAAAGGUCAACGCAGUUGUAUCACAUGAUCCCGGAAGAUAUUUAUGUGAUUUUUCCUACUUUGUGUCUCUACAUAUAGACAGAUCAAAAUCAGCAUUUGUACAUGUUCCGCCACUAGGAAAACCAUAUACUGGACUAGAAUUAGCAGAUGGACUAGAACAAGUUAUACUGAGCAUGCUCAGCCAAAUUUAAUGUUGAUUUCAUAUUGCAAUCUUAUUAACUAAUAUAUGUACCAAUAAACACAUUCUUUA